AAGAUGCCGAGGACUCUUCCGUUUCAGUUACCACUGGACCUUCAGGAUCAUUUAUACCGGAGUUGCCAGAGCGAAGAAGACACAGAGUCUGAACAAGACAGUUCGGAAUAUGUUAUGAUGCAUACUAAUACGAUUGAGGCCACAGACCAACGCCAUAGCAACAGUAAACUAGCCAGUCCACAGCCCCACUCGGAUGUCGAAGGCAGUCCGGAUAUGGAGUCUCGACAUAACGAAGACGUUCUCGACAGUGACGAGGCCGUGUGAGAGUAAGCAUUUGCAACUGGUUACAGGCCGCACAUACCCCUUUGGCUCUGCGGUUUUUGUACCAACAUUCGCUCUUCGCUUCCUGUUCCCCAGUUCAAAUAUUAUGUUAUUGGGUGAGGCGCUGGAUAAACGCGUCGAUAUUGCGUACACAGGCUCUUGGUGUAAUUUCGUUCUACUUGUAUGCUAUGGUUCUUUCGUGGCGCUGGUGGUUAUUGUCUGGAUCGUGGCGCAUGGCCUGCACACUCAUUUGGUUGAGAGCGGAUCGUCAGAGCUCUUCGUGCACUGUUUAGAAAAUGGAAAUGGGAUCGCAGAUGCCGAAUAUGGCGCGGAGAUGAUGGCAGAUGUCAUUCAUCCUCUUAUAAGCCAGAAGCGGUCAAUAUGAUAGUCUUCAGAGACAAGAGUUUCCACUUAGCUGUUUAACUUAUGCUCAAUUCUAUCGUGAUUAAUAAAACAUGCUUCGAGCAAUGGAAGAUCCAACUUCGAAUGAACGAGAAGCGAUUCGAGCUAUCCAAUGGUUAUCAGACGGUAGUCGCAGUCUCC